CCGAAACAUCACUCGCCCCUUUCGUCCCUUCCGAAACCCUAUAAAGGCCCCUUACCUUCUCCUCCGGUAAAAAAGAGGUAAUGAUAUCUACCCGGGAGAAGAGGUCCCUUUCCACAGUCGCAUAACAACAAGGCGGCUUUUGACAGCCAUCGCGCAGCAAGGAAGGGAGAGAACAGAGCAGGGCAGGGCAGAGCAGAGAGCGAGCACACAUGGGUUCCGCAAGGGAAGCUGAAGGCGAGAUAAGCCCUGCUACCUGGACGCCGGGCCCCAUCAUUGUGGGCGCUGGCCCCUCGGGCCUUGCCGCCGCGGCUUGCCUCGCCGACGUCGGCAUCCCCUCUACCGUCCUCGAGAAGUCGAGCUGCGUCGCCUCGCUCUGGCAGCACCGCACCUAUGACCGCCUGCGCCUCCACCUCCCCAAGCAGUUCUGCGAGCUCCCGCUGAUGGGCUUCCCUGAGGGAUUCCCCAAGUACCCGUCGAAGCAGCAGUUCGUAUCCUACAUGGAGUCCUACGCCGCCGCAUUCGGCGUCCGGCCGCGGUUCCGGACCGAGGUCCUGGCUGCGGAGUUCGACGGGGCGAUCGGGGCUUGGAGAGUCCGGACUCGCGAUGGGGGCGAGCUUGUGAGCCGUUGGCUGGUGGUGGCGACGGGAGAGAACGCAGAGCCGGUGAUCCCGGAGUUCCCGGGGAUGGAGCGGUUCGGCGGGCGCGUUGUCCAUACGUGCGCCUACAAGUGCGGGGCGGACUUCAAGGGGGAGAAGGUGUUGGUGGUAGGGUGCGGGAAUUCCGGCAUGGAGGUCAGUUUGGACCUCUGCCGCCAUGGCGCAAGGCCUUACAUGGUGGUCAGGAACACCGUGCGUGUGUUGCCGCGUGAGAUGCUGGGGCUGUCGACGUUUGGAGUGUCCAUGGCGCUCUUGAGAUGGCUGCCGCUGAGGCUGGUGGACCAGUUCCUGUGCGCCAUGGCCCAUCUCCUGCUCGGCGACACUGACAGGCUCGGCCUCCGAAGGCCCAAGACGGGCCCCAUCGAGCUCAAGAACCUCACGGGCAAGACCCCGGUCCUCGACGUGGGCGCCCUCGCCCAAAUCAAAUCAGGCAACAUUAAGGUAAUGCAGGGGCUGAAGGAGAUGACAACGGGAGGAGCCAAGUUCGUGGACGGGACAGAGAUGCAGUUCGACUCGAUCAUUAUGGCGACGGGUUACAAGAGCAACGUACCUUCGUGGCUCAAGGGUGAUUGUGGCCUGUUCACGAAGGAGGGCAUGGCCAAAGACCCAUUCCCCGGCGGAUGGAAAGGGGAGAAGGGGCUCUACUGCGUGGGCUUCACCCGGCGAGGCCUCCUCGGGGCCUCCCAUGACGCUCUCAACAUCGCCCGCGACGUCCUUCUCCGGUGGAAGGAACCCCGUCAUAUGGCCAUGCGGUGAAGGAAACAAGAAGAGAAGACCUCCUCCCAUCCUUCUUCCUGUGUACUUCUUUUCACCCCAUCGUGCAGUGCGGUGCAGAACUGGAGAACAUGUAUAUUUUGGAUACAGAAAUGGAGAACGAGAACCUUUAGUGUUUCCUUUC